UUAGUCAUCAUAUUUGACUACGGACCGAGUUGACUAUGGCGCGCACUACUUUCAAACGGGCUAUAGCGGAGGUUUUGGAUAAUCUGAAUAAAGAGGAUUAUCUGAGGUUUUGUGACCAGCUGAGGGACCGUAGAGAGGAGCCGCGGGUCAGCCGCACCGCUGUGGAGGGGAAGAGACGAUGGGAGGUCGCGGACGUCCUGGUUUCAACCUUCACAGAGCGCAAAGCUGUGCAGGUGGCUCUGGAUUUACUGAGGCAGAUCAACCUCAACGAGGAGGCAGAGGAACUGGAUUUAAAGACUCAAGCCUGUGCUGAUAAAGUUGACCCGGCCCUCCAUAAAACAUUAACGGGAGAGUUGGAGCUGAAGCCGUCACAGGAGGCUCUGAAAGCUGCGCCGUUCCAUUAUCCGCUACAGGCUGCUCGACGGGGAGGCCCUCAGGUGAAGAGGCCAAAAGAGGUGGAGGCUGCAGCAAAGACUCUAAAUCUCUCUAAGGGCGGCGACCCCUGCCAUGACCUGGUUCUUCUUAGCAGGUGUAUGGUUCUGUUCGGCAAGUAUAAAGGUCAAACCUUUAAAUGGCUGCUGGAGAAUGAUGUGAGCUACGUUGCCUACGUGAUGGCCGGCCACCAGGCGGAGAAAAAGUUCACUGUGAAGCAAGACCCGCUGACGGCCAACAAGGAUUCACUGUUGAAAUAUGCAAUGGCUUACCCUGAGGUUAUGGAAGAAGUCCGAUUUCACUGCGAGAAAGCCAAAGAGAGAUCCCUCCAGCCAGGCCGAGAAGGAGCAGCUCUUGUUGGGUUUGGUGCUCACAGAUGGCUGACACUACAAGAUCUCUACGAGUCCAAGGACUCCAAAAAAAUCAGGUAUGUCAACUUCCUCAGGACCAUGGAGUCAACCUGCACCCAAGGGACCAGGAUGGACACCGCUAUCAGGUACAUUCUGCAGCGUGACCAAGAGCAAGCCACAGCUGCAACAAUCAGGCAAACCACUACCUCUAUUCCCCAAGAGGCCUUCAAGAGAUGGACCAGAAUUUAUUACUAAACGAAUCCAAAGCGCUGGAGACUAGCCCAUAAGUGCCUCAAAGUCUGAGGGCAGACAUUCAGAAGAAGACAAAGAGAACUUGGAUUUCAGAACAAGAAAGGUUUUGUUUAAACAAAGAAGUCAAACCAAAAGUCUGACAAAUAAAUUCUAAAAAAAAAAGCUUGAAUUAAAAACACCUUUGCACCGGUUAUGCAGAAAUUCAAAUGUAGCCUAGUUUGAAUGAAUUUUUUAUUUAGGACGCAGUUUACCCAUUACUCAAAUUCCAGGGGUUGAACAAGCUGAAUUAGUUCCAGCAUAGGUAUAAAUUACAACUUAAAUCUUACACCUAAGUCCCCAGUGGGUGUAAAGUCCUCCAUACAUAAUGGUUUUCAUGGUGCAUCAUUUGGAAAGGACUGAUAACUUGGAGGACGAGGUGGAGCCGAGGGUUUGACGGGCUGUUUGGCGUCAUGAGUGAUUUUUCUGCAACAGAUUACAUCCCUUAGAAAUGUAUGUUGACUUUGAUUUGUACUCGUUUUCUAGGAGCGGAGAUAAGUUAAUCCGCCAGCUGCAGAUCAGGGGAAUAGGUUAUAAUUAUCAGCCAAUCAUAACGCUUUGUCUUGUUUUACAUUGUCAUUGCUGUUUGUUUAUUAAAGGCGGUUAACAGAA